AUGCUAGAGGUGAUCGGGACGGUGGACAGAGAUAGCGGAUGUUAUUUGGCUGGGGAGACUGUUCAUGUUAAGGUAGGUAUUGUCAACCUUUUAAGUGUUUAUUAUUUUAUAUUGUAUAUACCGAUAUAGACUUUCAGAUCGUUUUAACUAACCAAGACCGUGAGAACAAUGACAUUCUGGGAUGGAUCUGCCUCCAGAUGCACUGUGAUCGUAUCUUUCCGAAGAACAACAGGAAUUUGGAGAUGAAUGGGAUUGGCAAGAACGAUGCUACUUCAGUACGACCGUCAAAAGAAGCCAUCUACUCUAGUAAUCCUGAUAUUGUCUUAUGUAAUUGGCCCGUGGCAAAAGGCGCUACAGAAGUACGAGAGCGAGAUAUAUACGUGCCCUUAGGGUUUCCACCUACAUUUAAGGUAAGGUAAAAUGAACUUUGGAGUUGGCUUAUUUUGUGUUUAGGGACAGUUCGUACGGUACAACUGGUACCUUCAAGUCGCGAUCCAAAGGGUAGACAAACCGAUCCAGACCUUGUUCUUGCCUAUUCGGGUUUUGAAUUCUACUGUCGACAACAAGGUCGUGGCACCAGUUAUCAAAAACCCUUUCUUACAAACAGAGAAUGAUAAGCAAGUGUUUUAAUUAUGUUUAUGGAUCUUACUAGGGAGUUUUUAAGUUUAUUUAUUUUAGAUCAUACCCGUUGGUGCUGGCUAUGGCGAAGAUAGACGAGAAGACAUCUGUUUCGCGUAAAAACUUGAUAUUUGAUGUGAAGUCUGAAGGUCAUCAGUUUGCCACAGUACACGUCAAUUCAGGGCCAUUCAAGUUGGGAGAUAUUGUACAAGGCUUGGUAGAGUUCCCAGAACACGAAGCUGGUAAACCUCAUUCUGUGCAGGUAUGCUUUAUAUAUUUAGCGCUACUAAUAUCAUUAUUUCCUAUAGUAACUUCGAAACUUAUUCUAGUUGUUGGUAUCACUGGAAACGGUCGAAGAAUGUUUGUAUGCUGACACCACAGAGCCUUUCAUUGUGAGGAACAACUACUCUCAGAUAACGACUGCUUUCAUGAAGUCUUGCCACUUCCGAGUACCAAUUCAAUUGACAAACGUACCAACAUUUACAGAGCAGUCAAGUAAGUUAACAUUAAUCUAACCGUACACGGUAGACUUACUGCGAAUAAAAUUUGACUAGUUUUCACAUAAAUUUGAUGAUUACAGUAAAACUGUCAUGGCGAGUUCACUUCGAGUUUACUGUAACACGAGACUCAUUGAUGGUACCAAAUGACCGAGGCGAGACUUUGGCGGAGAACAUCAAGGUACAAGCUCUGUUCCUCAACUGUCCCAUCUUUGUACAUUCUACCAAUCCACUUAACGUCGGUAUGGCACUCCAUAACAGCAAUAACGUCGCAAGGGUUACGGUGUAAUAUGUCGUAAACAAUUUAUUUAUCUUUACAGUAAUUUAUGGUACUUUUUUUAUUGGAUUUAAUGUCUAUCAUAAUAUUAAGUAUUUUGUCUCAAGUAUUGCAUAUCAGCAAGUUUUAAUAAUUUAUUUUGGUUACGGUAUAUUGUGCUCUACAAUACGGUAACGUCUGUGAUAUAUAUAACGUGUGGAAUACGGUAAUAAUGUAUAAAAUCUGAAAGAAUACGGUAGUCAUACAAUAAAAGUUAUUUGAUGACUUCAUUUAUACCUUAAUUCGUAUGGCCGAGUGUUACCUACAGUGUUGGCGUCAUGGUAACGAGGGAAUUGUAUACCCAUCAAAGUUUUAACAUUGAAUUUGGUAACUAAAGCAUGGGUAAUAUAAAAAAGGAGAGAUUUCAGCACUCUGCGGAGGUAUUCAGAAGGAGUGUUUCGCGUAGGGAGCGCGCCGUUGAGAGAGACCGCAGACAGUGUGACGACGUGGGGAACACGAGAGAGAGCGGAGAAAGAGCACGCGAAAGGGAGAGAGACAACCUCCGGGCGAAAUAUUCGAAAAGUGUUGAGUUUGGUGGCAGCUUGGGGACGAUUCGUUCGUCGUGUUUUAUAUGUGUGGUGCGUUUAUUGUCCUUUGGCUGUCCUGGGGUUAACGGACGGGGUUUCAGACGUUCAGAUGUUUUUAUUCGGCGAUGUCGCUAAAAACAUCUUGCCGGCUCAGCCCAGCAGUACCGCGUGA